GUCCCGUACCAGCAGUAGGACGUUAAUGCACUGGCCGGCAAUGGCUGAGUAACAACCAAGCAAGGACCCGAAGGCGUGCCAUGGUGAGUUGGUGACACAACGGAGCCAUGCAUGAUGCAUCCAUGGAGAGCCCAUAAGUAAUGGCGCUCGUACAAGCUCGCUGAUGAGCAACUCGAUCGUCCUCUCUCCAUGGCCGCAUCGAUGGCUCGCAUCCUCUUCCUCGUCUCUCUGGCGGCGGCCCUCGCCAUGGCCGCCGCCGGUCCAGCAGCGGCGGCGGCGGCGGCGGCGGCGGCGCGCGGUCACGGCCGCCUCAUCCACCUGCACUUCUUCAUGCACGACAUCACGGGCGGCCCUGGCCAGACGGCGGUGCAGAUCGUGAAGGGCGCGGGCCCGGCGCACCCGGCGAUGCCGCCGGGCUCCCACUUCGGCGACACCACGGUGAUGGAUGACGCCCUGACGGAGGGCGCCGCCGCGUCGUCGCGGCUGGUCGGGCGCGCGCGGGGGACCUACACGCUGGCGUCGCUCAGGGAGCCCGUGCUGUCGGUGGCCGUGAACCUGGCGCUCACGGGCGGGGCCUACAACGGCAGCACCGUCGCCGUGGCGGGCCUGGACGACAUCUCGGUGGGCGUCAGGGAGCUCGCGGUGGUCGGCGGCACCGGCGCGUUCCGGAGGGCCACGGGCCACGUGCUCUGGCGGACGGCCAGGAUGGAGUCCAGGGACCACAUGGUGGUCGAGCUCGACGUCUACGCCACCGUGCCGGCCGCUCGUUCGCCGCCGCCUCCGCGCGCCGACGACGUGCGUCCGGCGGCCCUCAACCUCGACUGACAGGGUUUUGAUUUUGGCUAUGCACGAUUAGUCGAACGAAUAAUAUUGUUCCGGUUCCGCAUGCAUUUGUUGGUAAAAAGCAGUAUUGGUUGUUAUUGGUGUUAUUGCUGGAUCCGAAGUCCAAAAUUGUAAGUUAAUUUAACAAUAAUUUGAGUGAUUCAAUUGAAGUGAACGGCAAGGUAAAAGUCGUUUGGCCUUUGCUCU